AACAAGGCGGCCGAAGCGAUGUUCCUGACAUCAUGUGGGUAUGUGGGGGUGAUUACGUACCCUGCGAGGCAGAUUAAUGAUUUCCAGCACCGUGCAGGGGUUGCUCUGCCCGAGCCUUAGCACGGCCCGAGGCUUCACAGCACGGAAGAGCUUUGCAAAUCCAGCCCUGCUCCAACAAGUUUGGGAAGACCCGGAGUGAACACUUUCCUGCCUCCUCUGAGCGCAGCUUUUCCCACUGCUUUUGCCACAGCGUCUCCCCCGCGUGGGACCAGGGCUGCUUAUCCCUUUGGAAUUUAUCUCCUGGCAGCCGUGACCGGGUCAGACGAGGCUGAGCCCCCUCCCCGUGUCCCCAGGCAUCUCCGUGGGCUGCAGCAGCACAGAGGUUGCUUCACAGGGCAGGGACCUGGAGUUCAGCUGCAUCAUGGCAACAGUGGUGACCGAGAAGCUCAGCCGCCUCUUCAUUAACGUGCGCCAGGUCCCUCAGCUGCUGGUUCCCCUCUCUCCUUCCACUGUCAGCAGUUCAGAGGUGCCCAGGAUCUUCUGGAAGCCUUACAUCGACACUGGCUACCGGCCGGUUCAGCAGACCUGGCGUUACUACUUCUCAACCCUCUUCCAGCAGCACAACGAGGCCAUCAACGUCUGGACCCACCUGGCGGCCGCGCUCAUCCUGCUGCUGCGCUUCCAGCAGCUCUCGCAGCGGGUGGAUUUUGGGCAAGACCUGCACGCCCAGCCUCUCCUCAUCAUCAACGUGGCUUCCAUCACUUACUUGACCUUCAGCACUCUUGCUCAUCUUCUGCAGGCCAAAUCUGAGUUCUGGCACUACAGCUUCUUCUUCAUGGACUAUGUGGGGGUCGCCAUCUACCAGUACGGCAGCGCUCUGGGGCACUACUACUACGCCAUCGAGCCGAGCUGGCACGAGAAGAUCAAGGGGUUCUACAUGCCCGUGGCUGUCCUGUUGGCAUGGCUGUCCUGUGCUGGUUCCUGCUACGCCAAGUACCAGUACCACCAGUCUGCCCACCUCCUGGGCAGGCUGUGCCAGGAGCUGCCCUCCGGCCUGGCCUACGUGCUGGACAUCAGCCCCGUGAUCCACCGCAUCUUCACCGCACAGCCUGACCCGGCCCUUCUCUAUCACAAAUGCCAGGUGCUGUUUUUCCUCAUCGGUGCCUUUUUCUUCUCGCAUCCUUAUCCCGAGAAGUGGUUCCCUGGGAAGUGUCACUUUUUUGGACAGAGCCAUCAGAUUUUCCACGUCUGCCUGGUACUCUGCACGCUGGCGCAGAUCGAGGCGGUGGUGCUGGACUAUGAGUCCAGGAGACAGAUCUACUCCACUCUUCAGGGUGAUCUGGCACACAACUUCUCUGCCUUGUGCCUCUUCACUGUCACCUGCUCUGUCCUCACAGCCUUUUACAUGGCCCAGAAGGUGAAGAACAAGCUGAGCUUCAAAGAAGAGUGAGAAGAGUCUUGAAGAAGCAGCAGGUGAGCUCACCCAAAUGGUUGAUCUGCAGCCAGCCGUGGUGACACUGGCCACAAAGGCUGAGGAGAAGAGGAACGAGCUGCUUUGCAAACAGUUACUUGGCAGUGCUCUAUAGGGAACGAAAGCAAGAGCUGCUUUUUAUGCUGUUAAAAUUCAGAAUUAGUUCCAACUUGCUCUUGAAAUGGUACAUUGGUUUAAUUCCUGUGUCUGAAUAAACAGUUGGAACAAAGUGGUGUUGGUGCUGCAGCCCUGUGCCCUGGGAAAGGUUCUUGGAAACUACCAGGUCUCCCAGGAAAAGCCCAGCACCACACGGCCCUUGGUCCGGAGCAUCCUGCUGCAGCAGAGAAAGUGGACAGAGACACCUCCGGGGUCCCUUCCAACCUCAUCCGUUCUGUGAUGGUACCACAGGGAGAGCCGAAGUAUUAACAAAGGUGGGGACGGUGCCCCGGUGUUGGAAGAAGGGCAGGUUUUCUCUAGUCACUUUCCACUUGUUUCUUUCCCUGCCCAGUCUCUCAGAGCCAAGCCAAGGGUCCCCAGUCGAGUUCUGGAAUGGAAGCAAGCCUCAGCCAUCUUCACACAGCCAGGAGCAUCCCAGCUACGCACCAGGCAAACCACCAUCUCUGCCUUCUUCAGCACACAGACAGAUGAAAAAGACAAAGAAAACUCCAGGCCAUCUCCUUUCAUCCCGAGCAAAGGCUGUAAAGAAAAAGGUCUUUCUCUGGCUGCCUGCCCCAUGAGGAUCUUGGCUCUGCCCCGGGAGGAGGCCCAGAAAUGCCCCUCGGGAGCCGGGGAGCAGCUGGUGCAGGUUACAGCACAGAGAGCACCCUCCUCACCUCCUUUCAGAGACUCUUCCCUGUCACAAGCCGAGUCCCGCAAGGAAUCAGAGUUACUUGCUGGAGAAACAGUUUCAGCAAGAAACCGGGACAAGAAGCCACAACAAUCCAGUAGUGUUGAUUCUUCUAUUGGUUUCGCUGCGACUGAGAAUAUCAAUCCUGCUGUGAGGAGAGAUGGUACCUGGGCUGUUGGUGUCUGUUCCUCCCCGCAGAGAGCACAGCCCCUGAGGGAGCACAGCUGGAACGCUGGCUCAGCCCCGGGGGGCCGGGCCGGUUCCUGCGGGCAGCUCUUCACUCAGGACUCGCAGGGGAACCGGGUGAUCUCUCACCGCAGCCUCCCGCCCCCCGGGAGCCCGGGGGAGCAGCAGGCAGAACUGGGCUAUGAGUUCCUGUUCACACAGGAUUCAGAAGGAAACAGAGUGAUCAAACACUGGUAAGUGACCCUGGGUGGGUCACCCAGGACCCCUCGUGAAGCCUCAGGAAGUUUUUUGUUUUGUUUUUUUAUGAAAGCAAUCAGAAUUAGGUAUGUGGACCUGUUGUUUCUGUAUGUUUGGUCUAGCCAGCAUGUGAAGCAGAGCCAUGCAACAGGCAGGAGCUCUUUGUUCUUUGAAAUUUUGCAUCUUAAUAAAAAUGAAGUUUUGAAGGAA